AUGAAUACCCAGCUUCGCUUUACCGCACUAUUCACCCUUUUCCUGUUGCAAAAUGCAAAUUGCUUUGUGGCUGAUUCCCGAAACUUCAUCCGAGGCGAAACCAUGUUGCAUGCCAAAUCAUCCUCUGACGCUGAUGUCAGCAUCAUGGAAUCCAAUGAGAAUCCAGGAAGAAGAGACUUCUUAGCAGCCGCAACCAUGUCUCUUGGUGCCGUUUUUCUCCCUGCGCUUCCAGCUUUCGCUGACGAUGAAGACGCUGGAACAACCUUGCACAUUCUAAACUACCCGGUUGAUGGAAAGUGUGGCGAAGCCAAGGUGCCAGAUGCAGGCGUAUUCUUUGCAAAAACAUUUGGCAAACUUGAAGAUGGAUCUUGCGCUGCUGAGGGAUACGCUGUGGAUGAAGGAACAGCAAAUGGAACUGGAGAAAAGGAUUCAAAGCGCACGUACAGCGUCUAUGGAAAAUAA